UUAUAUCAGCGAUAAAUAUGUUUUUCAUGCAUCGGUUAUGUAAAAACUUAAAAGUAAUUAACCGUGCCUAUACACCUGUAAUACUUUUAAGCUGUAAUAAUCUUUAACCUUGUUUGAAAAUUACGAUGAUAUGACAUAUUAUCGCAAUUACUAACUACAGUCAGACAUUAUCAUAUAGUUUCGACUUUCUAUUGAUCAUUUAGACAAGUACAAGUGUACAACAAAGGUUAAAAGAUUUGUAUUGAAAAACAUAAUAUUAUAUAGAAACAUAUUAAUCAAAGUACCUAUAUUUUUAAAUAGCUAGCAAAGAUUCAUUUUAUUAUCAAAUACUAAUUGCAUAAUGUCGCUUAAGUAUAACGAAGAGUUUAAAUACGCAUUACGUGACAUAGCAAACAACUCUUUCAAGCUGGAAAAUCAAUUUGACAGAGUCCGUUGCACGGAAUGGGUUCAUAAGAUGGUGAUGUUGUCAGAUGACUCUUUAGAAAAUAUUAAAAUUCGCAAUGAUUAUGCUCAAUAUUUACGUAUAAUGCUUAGAGCUGGCGUUUUGCACGGAAUAUUUUCUAACAGUCCACCGGCAACUUUAAUGCCUUUCCCUGAAGCUAUGGGAAAAUUGGUAGCAUCAAAAGUAACAUCUCUUCCGCCUAUGGGACCAAUUAAUGUGUAUAUGAAGCACUGGUCUCCGGAUGGACGAGCUUAUGUAGCUAUAAAACCAAUACCUGGAAAAGGAGUGCUAACUUACCUUUCAGUCACUCCAAUAAGUGAUGGACAGCAUCAUAAUUAGUCUGAAUAUUAAUAAAUUGUAUUUUUAAUUGA